AUGGCCACCAUCAUCAUCAUCACCGUCAUCAUCAUCAUCAUCACCGUCAUCAUCAUCAUCAUCAUCCUCACCACCACAGUCAGCCAGGCGAAAGAGUACUGUCAGUUUGAGACGUUCAACGCCAGCUGUCCAGGUGAUCAGGUGAUCCUGAUGACGAUGGCCACGUACGGGCGGCUGGCUGUCGGCAGGUGCGUCUCCAGAAAUUAUGGACACCUCGGCUGCUCCUCUGACGUCAUCAACCACCUGGAUGAAGCCUGCACAGGAAAGUCCACUUGUUUGUAUCCUGUACCUCAGCUGAGAAACCUGGUUCAACCAUGCCCCACUGAUCUCACUGUCUAUCUGGAGGCUCACUACGUCUGCGUCUUGACAUUGUUGCGAUGCAGCCAUCACAUCGUCACAGUCCAGAAACAUUCGCAACAUGGUAACACUCGCAACAUGGAAACAUUUGCAACAUUGAAACACUCGCAACAUGGUAACACUCGCAACAUGGUAACACUUGCAACAUUGAAACACUCGCAACAUGGUAACACUCGCAACAUGGAAACAAUCGCAACAUUGAACAACUCGCAAAAUGGAAACAUUUGCAACAUGGAAACAUUUGCAACAUUGAAAAAAUCGCAACAUGGUAACACUCGCAACAUGUAA